UUUUUCUCUCAUUCGCGCCCCGCGUUCGUACGGAGUAGUCGUGCGCGGUUCGGUAAAGUUCAACACCUACCCUCGUUACAUCGACCUGUCAGUUUUAUUUUAAACACGAGAUAGAUGUGUGACAUUUAUAAAUAGUGGUUGCAUUGUACAAAUAAUGUUCGUAAUCUGCAAGUAAACAGUAGUGUAACACAGUCUGUAUUGGAUGUGGCUGUGCUAGAUGGAUCAAUGUAAACAGAAUAGUGAAUAUAACUCGCCGGGUAUCAAUAUGUCGCUGGAGCACCAAAUGCCGGUUCUUAUGAAAAAGACGCAGAUGAGCGGCGACCGCGCCGGCAGCGGGACGCAGUGUGGUCUGACGUCACUGCUGCCCAUGUCGUGCCGCGGGCGCGCCGCCGCCUUUGCGCGCGACCUGCACUCCCGCCUGCGCAACCUCGGCGCCGGACACGACGACAGCGAGAGCAGCUGGCUCGCGCGAGACACCGCCCCCACACACAGGCCCGCUAACUCCGCACAAAGGGACUUAGACACAUUCUAUGAUUUUGAACUAGAGUGCGAAAGCCCUUCCAGUCCUGUCGAAGAAUACGAUGCGGCGUUUCCGGAGCGAGCUGCUGCAGCAGACACGGUCCGGCCGUUCUGCGAUGUCGAUACCGAAACCGAGAUUAAAGAGCAGGCCAGGUUAAUGUUGAAACAUCCGGAUAAUAACAAAAAUGGUUUCAAAUUCUCCACUGCUUUCUACACGGACUACUCACCAGUGAAAUUACAACCGGUCCCGCGAGAAAACGGUCAUACAGACAAACCACUUUACUCUCCUAUAAGUUUUGAAGGUUGUGCGCGACAAAAUAGUUACGAUGAAAUCGAUUGUGCAGUUCGAUCUCCGGCUGUUGUAGAAUCUGAACGACUUAGCUCGCCACUGAAUCAUUCGACAAUACCGGAUAGCGAUUCUGAAUUUGAGUCUGCUAAAAGCGACCCAUCGGAGGCCAAUGAUGAGGUUACAUUAACAGAAAAGUCAUUGGAAAAUGAUGUGACGGAAGGUAUCGAAAAUUUGUCAAUUAUAGAUCUCGAUCUUGGCGAAGACGAAAUUCCUGUUGACAAUAUCGAUAUUAAAGUAACAGCUGCUACCGAUCUUGUCGAUUCGAGUCAAAUUAUUACCAGUGAAGCUUCUGAACAUAAUGAGAUGUCCCCUACUCCCGAAAUUGAUCCUAAGUUAUUAAGCACAGAGGAAAAAGAAGAAGAAGAGACCGAAGACGAUCGUCCUCAACGCGUUCGUAGGUGCUCAUCUCUAAAAACUGGCAAAACGCCGCCCGGCACGCCGGGACGAAAGAAGAUCGUUCGCUUCGCCGACGUAUUGGGACUCGAUUUAGCAGAUGUCAAAACGUUUAUGGAUGAAAUUCCAGUUAUUCCAAAAUCCGCCUACGAUGAUCUAACCGGCUGCGACAUGCUGAGUUCCUCGCCGCCCGCACGAGCGCCGCCCAGACUCGGCACUCUCACGUUAGUACCGCUAUUCCAAGUACCGCGUGACGUCACUGAGAAGCUAGAAAAGAUGCUCGUGUGCCUUGAGAGCGCUCGAGUUUGCGAAGGCGCUCACGUUACAGUCUGCGGUUCGGUGCGCGUAAGAAAUUUAGAUUUUCAUAAAACUGUUCAUAUUCGCUACACGAUGAAUCGAUGGAAAACUUACACCGAUCUCCAGGCGACUUACGUGCAGGGCUCCUGCGACGGAUAUUCGGACCGCUUUCAGUUCGUGCUAUAUGCACCGUGCAUAUCUUCGGGGCAGAGGUUGGAGUUGGCCGUUCGAUUCCAAUGCAAGGGGCAGCAGUUUUGGGACAAUAACAGCGGAGCUAACUACUGCUUCGACUGUUUCGGGCUGGGGGCGACCUCACCCGCGGCGCUGAUUCAGACGGCGCCCGCGGCGCUUCACCCCCCCUUGGACUGGCACCCAUCUUUUUACUGACGCUCUGAAAGAAGAUAUGAGGGAUUUUAGCCUUAGUGCAAGAGCGGUGAAGACGAGUGGACGAGCCCUCUAAGGAAGGAGUGUGUCUUGCUAAUCCGGCUGGUCCGGAACUACAGCGUAAGCUCGAACAGACCGUUGAUGUCUUAUUCCGUGGCAUGCUUUGUAUACAACGAUCAAUUACUAAGAGAAGCAAUACGUGGCGUCCUAAUAUUAUGAGGCUUGAAAUGUAAAGCGUUUUUUGUGAUAUAAUUUAGAGUAGGUGUAGAAUUUACAGAAUCGAGAGAUCAUCUCGUACGGAGUGCCAUUCGCAGUAACGACCUAUCUGAUUAUUAAAUUUCUUUAUGAUUUUGUAGUAUAGCGUAAACGAGAACAAUAUAAUACGAUAAAAUAAUUAUUAAAACGACCGAUGAAGUGAGCAAGUUGUUGAAUGUGAACUGUUUGUACAUAGUUAGAGAGGUAUAUUCUGAAUGAUAUUAUUAAUAUUUUAAUAAUUUUUACAAACUAUUAGCCGUAUUAAAUAAUUAG